GAAGGCGGCGGUUUAGGUUCUUGAAGACGGUUCCCCCGUGUCCAGCUGCGUCAGGGGUAUGGCUCGACAGAGGGAGGUGCGAUAUCGCUUGCAACCGGUCCAGAGGAAUGUAGCCACCUGCGGUCUGUGGGACGCCUUCAUGCAAACAUGGAAGCAAAAAUUGUCGAUACCGAAACUGGAAAUCCCUUAUCCGUAGGACAACAAGGGGAACUAUGGCUUCGAGGACCUACUGUCAUGAUAGGCUAUGUUGGCGACAGAGAUGCAAAUGCUUCCACUUUCGAUUCACAUGGUUGGUUGAAGACUGGUGACAUCUGCUACUUUGACGAUAAUGGGCUACUCUACAUCGUGGAUAGAUUAAAGGAAAUGAUAAAGUACAAGGGAUAUCAGGUUUCACCCGUUGAAUUGGAGCAGAUACUUGUAUCUCUACCUGAUAUUGUUGAUGCAGCUGUGAUCCCGUUUCCUAAUGAAGAAGUGGGACAGCUACCCAUGGCCUGUGUGGUGAAGAAACCUGGAAGCAAUCUAAAUCAAGCACAUAUUAUUGAUUAUGUUGCAAAGCAGGUUGCACCUUAUAAGAAAAUCCGAUAUGUUCUGUUUGUUAACUCAAUACCCAGAUCACCUGCAGGAAAAAUCUUGAGAAGGGAAUUAGCAAGUCAUACUCUCAAUGGUCUUGUGCCAAAAUUGUAAUUAAUUUCUUCAAGAAGAGCAUAUACUUGGCCUCGUCGAAUUUUUAUGUUUUCGGUGCUGAUGUGAUACUUCCAUUUUGUAUCAAAACUUCUGGUUUGAAGGUAUUGAGUAAUUUAUUCUGUCUAGAUUUCUAUUAUAAUAGGUAAUAAAAUUUCUACAUUGUGAAAUAAUAAUAAUGUAUCAUAUAUGCAACACAUCUCUAUCUAUUGAA